AUGAACGUCCUGAAAGACAACACGGACCUGGCCUGCUACUACACCACCAAGCACUCCUGGAGGGGAAAAUACAAGCGCGUCUUCUCCGUAGGAACACACGGCAUCACCACCUAUAACCCCACCACACUCGAAGUAACAAAUCAGUGGCCUUAUGGAGACAUUUGUGGAAUCGGCCCGGUGGGAAAAGGCCAGGGAACAGAGUUCAGCCUCACAUUCCGAAAGGGCACUGGCAAGAAGUCGGAGACUCUCAAGUUCUCCACUGAGCACCGGACAGAGCUGCUCACAGAGGCGUUGAGAUUCCGAACAGAGUUUUCAGAAGGGAAAAUCACUGGAAGGCGAUACAACUGCUACAAGCACCACUGGAGCGACACGCGGAAGGCCGUGAGCUUGGAGGUGACGCCAGGCGGCAUCGACCAGAUCGACCCGCACACCAACAGGGUGAUAUGCUCUUACGACUACCGCAAUGUGGAGGGCUUCGUGGAGACCUCCGACUACCAGGGCGGGUUCUGCAUCCUUUAUGGCGGUUUCAGCCGGCUGCAUCUAUUCGCCUCCGAGCACCGGGACGACAUCAUCCGCAGCGCCAUCGAGCACGCGGGAAACUUUAUCGGCAUCAUGCUGCGACUCAGGAAGGAGUCCAUCACCUUCGAGAAUUUCGUGACCGACCGACUGGGGAAGUACAGCUCGGACGAGAGCAUCACCUCGCUGGCCGAGUUCGUGGUGCAGAAGAUCACCUCGCGCCACCCGGAGCCAGUGAAGCGCAUUUUGGCGCUGACCGAGACGUGUUUGGUCGAGAGGGACCCGGCUUCUUACAACAUUGUCACCAUUAAACCUUUCGGGGAGGUGUUUGCUCUCAUCUGCGAUGUUGACAACCCUCAGGUUUUUACAGUCGAAUUCAUCCGAGGCCAGAUCAGAAAAUUCUCAUCCACAGAACGAGACUCUCUGCUGGCCAGCCUGCUGGACGGCGUGCGCGCGUCUGGCAACAGGGAUGUGUGCGUCAAGAUGGCCCCGACGCGCCGCGGCCAGCGUUGGGGCCUUUUGAGCAUGCCCGUAGACGAGGAGGUGGAGAGUCUUCACCUCAAGUUCCUGGCGGCGCCGCCCAAUGGAAACUUUGCCGACGCAGUAUUCCGAUUCAACGCCAACAUAUCAUACAGCGGCGUGUUGCACGCAGUAACGCAAGACGGUCUGUUUUCGGAGAACAAAGAAAAGCUCAUCAACAACGCCGUCCUGGCUCUGCUGUCCCAGGAGACCGAGCUUCCAGCGCUCAACUCCGAGCUGGAGAGUCACUUCCAGGCCAUCCGUCGCCUAGUGGCCUCCAAGGCAGGCUUCCAGGCCUUUACUCAGCUGCCAAAGUCUGGUCAAGCGUCUGGACUCACAGACGGAACGUUCAGGGAAAAAUUGGGAGUAAAGACUGUCAAAGCUUUAAAGAGAAACAACAACGGUGUGACGCACGCUGCUAUUGACAUGCUCUGCGCCCUCAUGUGUCCCAUGCAUGAUGACUACGACCUGAGGCAAGAGCAGCUCAAUAAGGCGUCUUUGCUUUCGUCCAAAAAGUUCCUGGAGAACCUGCUUGAAAAGUUUAUCACUAAUGUGGACCACGGGACGGGGGCUCUGGUCAUUAGCUCCUUGCUGGAUUUUUUAACCUUCGCCUUGUGCGCCCCCUACAGCGAGACCACCGAGGGCCAGCAGUUUGAUAUGUUGCUGGAGAUGGUGGCCUCCAACGGACGCACGCUCUUCAAACUGUUCCAGCAUCCGUCUAUGGCAAUCGUGAAGGGAGCCGGUCUAGUGAUGAAGGCCAUUAUUGAGGAAGGAGACAAGGAAAUAGCUACAAAGAUGCAAGACCUGGCUUUGAGCGAGGGCGCCCUCCCUCGCCAUCUCCACACCUCGUUGUUCACCAUCAGCGUGGACCAAAGGAUGCUUACCAACAGACAGCUGAGCCGUCACUUGGUUGGACUGUGGACCGCAGAGAACCCAGUUGCCAUGAACCUUCUCAAGAGAAUUUUGCCAACGGGCUUGCUAGCUUACAUGGACAGUCCCGAUCCUGUACCGGAGAAAGAUGUGGAUCGAAUGCACGUGCGCGAUAACUUGAAAAUUGCCACGGACCUUCUAAACCGCAACAAGGUACCCGAAUGGCAGAGGAUUGCCGGCAAAGCGGCCAAAGAAGUGGAGAAGUUUGCCAAGGAGAAGGCAGAUCUGGUUCUUAUGCACUGGAGGGACAAGAUGGGCAUCGCUCAGAAGGAGCAGGACAGAAAUAACCUGAAUCCCAACCAAAAACCGGUUAUCUUACGAAAGAGACGACAGCGGAUCAAAAUCGAAGCCAACUGGGAGCUUUUCUACUACAGAUUCCAGCUUGACCACGCGCGCUCCAACCUCAUCUGGAACCUGAAAACCAGGGAGGAGCUGCGGGAUGCGCUAGAAGGGGAAAUGCGCGCCUUCAACGUGGACCGCGAGCUGGGCAACGCUACAGUCAUCUCCUGGAACCACCAGGAGUUCGAGGUAAAAUACGAGUGCCUUUCCGACGAGAUCAAAAUAGGUGACUAUUACUUGCGCCUCUUGCUGGAAGAGGAUGAAAAUGAGGAAUCGAGUGCCAUCAAAAGAUCGUACGAGUUCUUCAACGAGCUCUACCACCGCUUUCUGCUCACACCCAAAGUCACGAUGAAGUGCCUGUGCCUGCAGGCGCUAACUAUAGUGUACAGCAAAUGUUUUGAAGAGAUCGGUCCCUUUACCGACACCAAAUACAUUGUGGGCAUGUUGGACCGCUGUACAGACAAGUUGGAAAGAGACCGACUCAUCCUAUUUUUGAAUAAGCUGAUUCUCAACAGGAAAAAUGUAAAGGACAUCAUGGAUUCCAACGGGGUGCGAAUAAUGGUGGAUCUUCUCACCUUGGCCCAUCUACAUACCAGCAGAGCCACGGUGCCACUGCAGAGCAAUGUGUUGGAAGCAGCGCCAGACAUGAAGCGAGAGAGUGAGAAGGAAUGGUACUUUGGGAAUGCAGACAAGGAAAGAAGAGGACCUUUCAGUUUUGAAGAGAUGCAGGAGUUCUGGACAACGGGUGUCCUCACGGCCAAGACGCGUUGCUGGGCCCAGGGCAUGGACGGAUGGCGCCCCCUGCAGGCCAUCCCCCAACUCAAGUGGUGCCUGCUGGCCACGGGGCAAGCGGUGAUGAACGAGUCGGACCUGGCGACACUCAUUCUCAACAUGCUUAUCACCAUGUGCUCCUAUUACCCUAGCAGGGAUGCGGAUAACGCCAUUAUCCGCCCUUUACCAAAGAUCAAAAGGAUGAUAUCUGACAAUGCGUGCCUGCCUCAUAUUGUUCAGCUUCUCUUGACGUUUGACCCAAUCCUGGUGGAAAAAGUGGCCAAUAUACUGUACCUGGUGAUGCAGGACAACCCAAACUUGCAGCGGCUUUACUUGACCGGAGUCUUCUUCUUCAUUAUGAUGUACACUGGCUCCAACGUACUUCCUGUCGCAAGGUUCCUGAAGUACACUCACUUGAAACAAGCUUUUAAAUCAGAAGAGGCCAAAGGUCAGGACAUUGUUCAGCGUAGCGUUCUAGGCCCGGCUCUUCCAGAAGCCAUGGUGUGCUACCUGGAAAACUACGAGGCCGAACGCUUCUCUGAGAUCUUCCUCGGAGAAUUUGACACGCCUGAGGCCAUCUGGAGCUGCGAAAUGAGGCGCAUGAUGAUCGAGAAAAUCGCCGCUCACAUUGCCGACUUCAGCCCGAGGCUGCAGAGCAACACGCGUGCCCUCUAUCAGUACUGCCCCAUCCCUGUUAUCAGCUUCCCCCAGCUGGACAACGAGCUCUUCUGCAACAUCUACUACCUCAGACACCUGUGCGACACCGUACACUUCCCGAACUGGCCUAUUCGAGAUCCUGUGAAGCUGCUUAGAGAUACUCUUGAAGCGUGGAAGAGGGAAGUGGAGAAGAAGCCUCCCUCCAUGUCGAUAGAUGAUGCUUACGAAGUCCUUAACCUCCCUAAAGGACAAGGGAUGCACGAGGAAAGCAAGAUCAGGAAAGCUUACUUCAGGCUGGCGCAGAAGUACCAUCCAGACAAGAACCCUGAUGGCAGGGACAUGUUUGAGAAAGUCAACAAGGCCUAUGAAUUCCUCUGCACAAAGUCUGCACGAGUCAUUGACGGGCCCGACCCGGAAAACAUCAUCCUGAUCCUGAAGACCCAGAGCAUCCUCUUCAACCGCCACAAAGAAGAACUGGAGCCCUACAAGUAUGCCGGCUACCCCAUGCUCAUCAAAACCAUCACCAUCGAGACCCAAGACGACCACCUCUUUUCCAAGACUUCCCCUCUCCUGCCGGCUGCCGCAGAACUCGCUUUCCACACGGUCAACUGCUCGGCGCUCAACGCGGAGGAGCUUCGACGCGAGAACGGCAUCGAGGUGUUGCUGGAAGCUCUUUCCCGCUGCGUCUCUGUGUUGACUGCAUCCAGCAAGGCUGAUGACAUGGCAGUUCAGGUGUGCGGGCACAUCUGCAAGUGCUACAGCGUGGCAGCACAGUUUGAGGAAUGCCGGGAAAAGAUGAUCGAGCUACCCUACAUCAUCAGAGAUCUUUGUCAUAUCUUGUACUAUGGAAAGGGUCUUCCCAAAACAGCAGCCCUUGCGGUGCAGUGCGUCAGCUCCUUCGCGGUGGACUUUUUCCUCCAAACCCAACUGUACCACGCCGGCGUACUCUGGCACCUUCUGGUGCAGCUCUUCAACUACGAUUACACACUGGAGGAGAGCGGUGUUCAGACCAGCCAGGACACCAACCAGCAGGAGGUGGCUAACCACCUGGCCAAACUCAGCCUGGUCUCCCUCAGCCGUUUAGGGGGGUACCUACAAAUGGCGCCCAGUUCCAACGGAGGAAACCACGCGGCGCAGACCAACGGCGUGGACGGGGUGCCCCCCGAAAACCCCACCAUCCGGAAAAGCCUCUCUGCCAUGUUGACGCCAUACAUCUCCAGGAAGCUAGGAGUGGGAUCCUCUGCGGAGGUCUUGAAACUGUUGAAUAGCAACUCGGAGAACCCCUACCUCAUUUGGAAUAAUGGAACACGAGCCGAGCUGAUGGAGUUUUUGGAGUGUCAGCAAGAAGGAAACAUCAAAAGAGGGGAAAAUGAUGAGAGCUUCGGUGCUGAUUUCAUCUUCACCGAGCACAACAAAGAGCUUAUCGUCGGCGAGAUCUUUGUACGGGUUUACAACGAACAACCUACUUUCCCCUUGGAGUAUCCCAAAGCAUUUGCAGCAAGCCUUUUGGAUUACGUGGGCUCCCAAGCCCAGUACCUUCACACGUUGCUGGCCAUGAGCCAAAGCAACAAGGUGGAAUCCCAGCAGCACGCCGAGCGCCUCCGCUUCGCCGAGAUGGCUCUUGAGGCUUUACGCAACGUCAUCAAGAACAACCCCGGUUCUGAGACUGAAUGCAUUGGCCAUUUCAAGCUGCUUUUCUCACUGCUGCGGGUUCAUGGUGCCGGCAGGGUGCAGCAGCUGGUACUUGAGGUUGUCAACACAGUGACUUCUAAUCAAGAAUGUGUGAGCAACAUCGCCGAGUCGCUGGUGCUGUCCAACCUUCUACUUCUGUUGCACUCCCUCCCAUCAAGCAGACAAAUUGUGUUAGAAACCCUCCAUGCCUUGACAUCCAAUACCAAAAUAGUUAAAGAGGCCAUGAGCAAAGGGGCGCUCAUCUAUUUGCUAGAUCUCUUCUGUAACUGCACUCACCCUCAAGUUCGCACGCAGACGGCCGAGCUCUUCUCCAAAAUGACCUCGGACAAGCUGGUCGGGCCCAAGGUUCGUCUGACUCUUAUCCGGUUCCUGCCGGGCGUGUUCAUGGACGCCAUGCGGGACAACGCCGAGGCGGCGGUGCACAUAUUUGAGGGAACGCACGAGAACCCCGAGCUUAUCUGGAAUGACAGCUCCCGGGAAACGGUGUCCACCACCGUCAGGGAGAUGAUGCUCGAGCACUUUAAACUGCAGAAGGAUAAUCCUGAAGUCAACUGGAAGCUGCCGGAGACCUUCACUGUCGCCUACGGUGCGGGUCAGGGUGAACUGGAAGUAGGCGGAGUCUUUCUGCGGAUCUUUAUCGCACAGCCGGGAUGGGUGCUGCGGAAGCCUCGCGAAUUCCUAGUGUCAUUACUCGAGACACUGACGGAGCUGCUGGAGAAGAACAACCCCAAUGGGGAGGCGCUGGAGACGGUCACCACGGCGGCCGUGUGUCUGUUCAGCUCGCAGACGCAGCUUGCCGAUCAGGUUCCACCUUUGGGUCACUUGCCCCGAAUCUUAGCCGCGCUCAAUCACAAGAACAAUGCCAUUCCCAAGAGCUCUAUCCGCCUCAUCCACGUGCUGUCGGAUAAUGAGCUCUGCGUACGAUCCAUGUCCGCCCUAGACGCCAUCGGCCCCCUUAUGACCGGAAUGAAGGUCCGCACAGACAUGGCCGGAUUGGCUUGUGAGGCGCUGAACCGAAUGUUUCAGAAAGAACAGACGGAACUGGUUGCUCAGGCUCUCAGAGUGGACCUGGUUCCGUACCUCUUGAAACUCUUGGAAGGAAUCGGCCUGGAGACCGUGGACAACCCCUCGGCAACCAAGGCGCAGAUCGUAAAAGCUCUCAAGUCCAUGACACGUAGUCUGCAGUACGGAGAACAGGUGAAUGAGAUCCUGGCAAAGUCCUCCGUCUGGAGUGCCUUCAAGGACCAGAAACAUGAUCUCUUCAUUUCCGAGUCUCAGACAGCAGGUUACCUGACAGGGCCAGGAGUAGCUGGUUACCUCACGGCAGCAGGAAGCAGCACCACCGUACUGCCCAGCGGCCCACCCCCGGUGGACAGCGACCACGGAGAUCAAGGCUGA